AUGGCCACCUCCUUCUCGUUCUCCAGUCAACCUAUCAACUACCGACAAUCGCGCGACGUGGUCGUCGGUUGGAUCCGACCUCAACAGAAUCUCGUCCAUCGACCAUUAUCCUCCAACUCUCCUGCUUCGAGAUACACCCCUUACCCUCAACCUCAACUCAGACCUCAAUCUCACGCGACACCCCAUCCUCAGUUGACCACCUCCCAACCCCUCAAUCUCGUUCCAUCGACAUCGAGGUUCAACCCGAGAUCUCCCACUCGGCCUCUCUUCAGUCAUAAACCGGCUCAACUCCAGACCUCGCCAGGGUCAAGGGAACGGAAGAGACUUCGGUCGUCGACGCCUCCGGCACCGCCUUUGAUCCCUUUGGGGUGUUAUCGACCUACUGCGCAGGGAUCUUUGACGAGAGACGCUUUUAAGACUCUCUCCCAUCGUCAGCCUCGACCUCAUCCUCAGUCUCAUUCUCAAUCUCAAUCUCAAUCUCAUGCUCAUCAACCGAACUCUGCAUCGGGUUCCCAACCGCAAGCCCACCCUAAUCCAUAUCCGCAACGCUAUGCGCAUUGCCCACCACAAGCGCGAAACCAGAUUCAGAGCCAGAAGCAGCUACAUUCACAUAGGCAUGCACACGGUGGAGAGAGAUCUAUAGCCACCUCUAUCAAAUCGACCCCGGACACCUUGCGCUAUCCUCCCCUCAAAACCCCCUCGGUCUCUGGUUCACAGACGACCUCGGCCAGCUUGACUAUCUCUACGAACCCGACCUCUUCUUCCGCCACCCCGACCAUCUCAAGCAACCCGACCACCUCAAGCAACCCAACUAACUCAAAAGUCCAGACCACUUCCUUCAUCCCUUCAGGCUCGGGAUCACAACCGAUGAGCCCGGAACGUCAUCCCGCCCCCGAACCUCGUACCGCCCCGGAACCUCACCGAGCCCCGCAAGUAGGGCAGACUGUCCCCACGCAAAGCAGCUUUCUAUGCGUUUUUCAGUAUAAGACGGAGAGGGUCCAGGCUAUUGGGGCUGAUGAUCUUGCCACCACACUGCAGAGCUUGCCGUGUAUCUUCCCCGCUCUAGCCGCUUAUCAGCCGGAGGAAGUCACGUUGUACGGGAUCGUCCCGCAGUUUCAGGCUCGGAGCCCUUCUACCUCUCCCGCUGUCGAACCGGCUUCUUCCGGUAUCGCGACGAGAGAAACGUCGACGACGACAUCGACGACGGCCCCUUCGACGAGCAAAUCAUUGUGUUUCAGGAUGACGCCCGGUCUAUACGCCGAGCUCCGAAAGGCGCAUCGUUCUGUCUACUCGGAUCCUACGGAUCAUAGGGAUGAAAACCGGACCCAGCAGGAAAUGGGACAGCAGGAGCGAGAGCGACAGAGACAACGAGAGGGAGCUAUGAGGGCGAUCUCUUGGUUCAUCGUCGUCACGUCUGAACAGGUUUCUGGAAACGCGGAGGGGAGGAAGAUGGCCGGGCUACAGGAUGACCCGAGUGAUGGGAAUGGUGGGAACACGGCUGGGGGAAAGAUGGAAAUGAAGCUUCAUCUGUGUUCUGGAGGGAGUGGCAAGGAUGGGAAGGCGGCCAAGGGGUCGCGACAGAAUGAGGAUGGGAAGAAGGCAUCGACGGACGGGACGAAGCAGAGGUCGAAACGGGCGGGUGAACUUGAUCGGGUGGCCGAGAGGGAACAACAAGCGGAACAUAGAUCCUCGGCACCGUCACCCGCCUUUCCAGCACGAGUUCAGUCACCAGUGCCAACAUCUUGCCAACACCGCAUGACUGCGCCGGCUGACCUAGAUCGAUCCUCAGAGGAGGACAAACCGAUCCAGGUUCAGCCCGAGUCCAUGCACAUCGGCAGCGACAAUCAUAGUCGGGACGAGAACGACCCUCUCGAUCUCGUCCCGCCUAAGGGAUAUACCGACCGAGCGGGAGCGCUCGAGGCUUUACGCGGGUUGUCUUUGUUGUGGAAGAAGUCUCCCGUUAGGGAGAUUGUGCCUCUCGGCGAGGUUGAAGUUGGAGAAGAUACACAGCGCGAGGUCGAAUGUCAGAGCGACGAUCUUGGGGAGGAGAUGGAGACUGGGGUUCAGAAAGAGGCGGAGGUAGAGCCAAAAACGGCGGUGGAAACUAGUAGCGCGAUGGCGGUCGACGAUCAGCUUGAGCUAGAAUUGCAGGCCGCGCCGGUAGACAUCCGUCGCAGCCAAACUCCGACUUCACCAGCUCCAAUCGUUGCGGUCGAAUCGGCCGUCAAGCAGGAAGACAAGACACCUCCCGCCACUCCACUGAAGUGUAUGGUGAUUGAUCAGAUCACCCCUCCGCACCCACCGGUCCUCUACAAGGUCAACACGAAGAACACGAUCAUACUUACCGCUACUACAACGAAGAAAACCGCCUCAGCCGACCCGUUUACCGUCGACGUGCACCUGCAGGAGCUGGUCAACCCGGCCCCUACAAUUCAUAUGAAACCCAAUCCCAAGCCAAAGAAGCGCGAGAAGAAGAAAGCUCUGCAACGAACCUCAACCGUCGUGUUGCCCAUGAGUGACCGGACGAACCUUCCCUAUCGGCCGAUGAUACAGAUGAGCAAGAGCGAGAAGAGGUUACAAGCUUCGUUGCAAGCGGCUUUUGGCGGGAAGGGGUUGGUUCAAGAAGCGACGAGAGGAUGAUCAAUGACGCUCGAUAUUGACUCUGAUAAGAUAGACCUGUCUAUGGACGGCAAUAGCGAU